UUUUUCGCAAGAAUCCCUCUGAGAGGAGGCGGGAAAUGGCGUCCCGAGCAGCUGUAGCAGAUCUAUCUGUCGUUCUGUGACUCACACUCAGCGGAGAAACUGACCGACAGACGCUCUCGCGGGCCGCGGCCACUUCCACAACCACCUCUACACCGUGUCGUCGCGACCCCUGGCAUUCUUACAUGUGACUUUUGGGACAAUGAGGCUGAGAGUGCGUAAAGCAUCUCAGCAGCGGAGCGCCACCCCGUCCGCCCGGGCCACCAAGACCAAGAGGAAGCACUCCGAGGUGGAGCACAGUUUGUCCACUGAAGACGCCAAGAUGCAGAAGCGAGACACGGGCAUUUUCUCCACCAUCAAACGCUUCAUCAGAGGCAACGCCGUCAAGGUGGAGCAGUGCACUCCUGCGAAGAGAAGCCGCAUUGACUGUGAUUCAGACAGUAAUCUGAUCACAUCUACUCCGACUGGUGGAAACCUGCCCAGCAGAGCAAACCCCAAAACCCGCAGGAAAGGCCCGGUCAAUGGAGAUACCAUGACAGGUCAAAAUAAACCAGUGAAGCCCAAUGGGAAGCUGGAGGUGCAGGUGGAGACUCCGAGCAGUCCGCCCCGCACCACUCUCCUGGGCACCAUCUUCUCUCCUGUUUUUAGCUUCUUCUCGCCUGCCAACAAAAACGCUACGGCAGGCUCCGAUUCCCCAGGCCAGGCGGUGGAAGCUGAGGAGAUCGUGAAGCAGCUCGACAUGGAGCAGCUCAAAGAAACCCCGACCAGCACUAUCACGGACGGCCGAGACAUGACCUUUGACCCUACACUAAACCCCAGACCGCUGCCUCACAUAGACACAACGGUAGAGGAAGGAGAGAUCGUCACAGAGGCGGAUAUGCCACCUCUAACAGCUGUAGGAUCCAACAGCAAUUACCCAGAUGUCCCCCCAUCACCUCCUGCAGAGGGGACUUAUGAAGAGGACUGGGAAGUUUUUGAUCCUUAUUUCUUCAUCAAACACGUGCCACCGCUGACCGAAGAGCAGCUCACCCGUAAACCUGCGCUGCCUCUGAAAACCAGGAGCACGCCUGAGUUCUCCCUUGUUCUCGAUCUAGAUGAGACUUUGGUUCACUGCAGCCUCAAUGAACUAGAGGACGCAGCCUUGACCUUCCCUGUUCUUUUUCAAGAUGUCAUUUACCAGGUGUACGUCCGGUUACGGCCAUUCUUUAGAGAGUUCCUGGAACGCAUGUCUCAGAUCUAUGAGAUUAUUCUAUUUACUGCUUCCAAGAAGGUGUAUGCUGACAAACUGCUGAACAUCCUGGACCCUAAAAAACAGUUGGUUAGGCACAGAUUGUUUCGUGAGCACUGCGUGUGUGUUCAAGGGAACUACAUUAAAGACCUGAACAUCCUCGGCCGGGACCUUUCUAAGACCGUCAUCAUCGAUAACUCUCCGCAGGCUUUUGCCUACCAGCUUUCCAAUGGGAUCCCCAUUGAGAGUUGGUUUGUGGACAAGAAUGACAAUGAGCUCCUAAAGCUGGUGCCGUUUUUGGAGAAGCUGGUAGAACUGAACGAGGAUGUUCGUCCAUACAUCAGAGAGCGAUUUCGCCUGCAUGACCUUUUACCCCCGGACUGAAGGUGGAAGCAAAACGAACACUUCUUGCCAACCUGACUGUUUUCAAGCAGUGGGGAAAUUCACACCACGGGGAGGGGAAAGGAGAAUUUGCCACACACUCUUUGCCAUACGGAUUUAAACUACAGACUUGCCCUAAAGGGGCGUCUUUUAUUCGGGACGGGAGGGAAACCAGGAGGGGGGCGGGGGCUGUAGACAAAUGUUUUAAAAUAAAUGACUCGAUGUAUGCAUACGUUUUCUAUACACUCAGACACACACGUUUAUGGAUCCGAUGGCGAAGAUCAUUUUUUGAUUGGUCGCCAGUCUCGGAGUGAAGUUUAUGCCUGAUGGGGACUUUUAUCUUAAAGCGCUUUUGUGCAGAAGUGGACUUUUGCCACUCCUUUUGGUGCUCAAAGGGACCCUCUGCCCUUCCAGGCCACUUCAGCAAGAAUAGAAAUCUAUAAAACACUGAUAUAUACGUUCAACUACGUGUGUAUAUGUGUAUAUAUAACAUUUGUACAUAUAUAUUUUUUCCUGUCAAGUUUGUAAAACAACUUGCCCUUUGGUUUUAAUUCAUUAUGCAUUCCUUCUUUGUUUUCUUUUCAUAGAUGAGCUGGCUUUUUAUUAAUUUUUUUUUUUUUUUUACUCUAGAUUUUCUGUAUAUUUAAUGGCCUAUCCGUUUCGCUUUCUCUCUCUUUCUCAAUCCGGUGACGUGUAAUCUAAUAUCCGGUCAUCAUAUUUGUAAAUCUCGACUCUUUGAUUCUCCGUCUAUAGUUGUGGCUUUCAGUUACUGACCGCUUCCUAUCAUUUAUCCAUGUCAGUCCUUAAAAUUUGGGGAGUUUUAACCAUUUCUUUUUUUUUAUAUACACGUAUAGCUGAAAUGUAAAAUACUGUAUGUGCUUUAAAUUGCUUUUCUGUGAAGAAGAAAAAGGAAAAAAAUGAUGCUUUGUCUCUCUUUCUCUCUCUGAAAUGUCCGGUAAUUGUAGCACCAGCACAUGCAUUAGCUUAAAUCACUGCAUAUCUGCAAUAUUCUGUGUUUAUUUCUUUUGUCAUCCACCCCCGUUUCUGCUUGGAGAAAUGUUUUAGGAUUUAUCAUGUACAGCUCUGCCUACCUCUGAAGGGUAGACCUUCCGUUUCAUUCAGUGUUACCCCAAUGUUUCUUUUAUUUUUACUUCCAUGGACAUUAAUACAUGAUUUUAAUGUACCACAUUGAAUCAAAUGGGUUUUUUCUUUGUCGUUUGGGAUGAAAGCAUCACUCGUUGCCUUGAUUUAUUAUCUUUUUUUUUGGGGGGGAACGUUCUCAUGGUUUUACAAUUUCAAAGGAAAUGAGACUAAAUUUUGAGACUGAGUUGUAUCUAAUACACAUUUCUCAAGCCUUUUAAGACUAUUUUAGCCCGUCUAUGGCAGCUUUUUUUGUCAAUUCAAGUAUAUGUUCUCCAAUAAUGGCAGCUUUUUUUUUUUUUUUUGGAAGUGUUAAUGUGCUGUCCAUUGAAUGUGGAUCCAUUUAGAUUUUGAAAAUGAGUGUUUCGAUUGGACUGUUUGUGUGUUUGGAUGCAAAUGUCUGUGAAUGACGAGGCUUGUUUAAAAAAAAAAAAUAGCUGUAAACGCAAUGAAUGUAUUUCAGUGGAGCUUUUUUGCAGCACACGUGAAGCAACAAGAAAACUUUUCUUAAAAUCUUUCAGAUUAUGUGUAA